CAGCUGCUACUGCUGCGGGCGCGAGAUGAAGCUGGACCACGCCGAAGUCUGCGACUCCACAAGAACGGGCCGGCACGACUAUAUGCAGAACGCCAUUGCCCGGGCCUUCAUGCAGCUCAACCGCCGCGCGACACAAGAGCCCUCCGGCUUCCCAGGCGCAGGCGGCAAGCGCGGUGACAUCCUCAGCUUCGACAAGUCUGGCGAUUACACCGUGUUUGACCUCGUGUUUGCCGCCCCCGCGGCCAGCUCGUACCAACCACAGGCCGCCAAAGUCAACCUCUACGCGGCGUCGCAGGCGGAACAACGCAAGAUCAAGAAGUACCAGGCCACCCUACGCGACCAGGGCGACUUCAAAUUUGUGCCGAUUGCGAUCGAGGCCGGCUCGGGCGCCUGGGGCUCGAAGUUCCGGAAGUUCUUCAGCAGCGACCUUAUGUCCACGACGGACCCACAAACACCACCACACGUGCGCACUUUUACCUCCAUGCACAGCAGCACGUACUGGCGGCAAGUGUUGUCCAUCGCGAGAUGCAAGGCUGAGUGCUACGCGAACCUCCGGUGCAUCGGCCAGAUGCCUCACGACAAGCGGGGCAAAAACCAGCCGGGCUCGAGCACCCAGACGGUACAACGAGCGCGCGCUCAAGCCCAGCGCAACCACCAACAGGGCAAACGCACCCGCAAGCGCAAGCAUCCGCAGACCACACCCCCCGGCCACAGCGGCCAGCGCAGCAAUGACAGCAACAACGGCACUGCUGCCACCGCCGCUGCCACCGCCACCACCGACAACGAUGAGGGACAGCCACGCAGCGCCCCAGUGACCUCACGAAGCCCCGGUGGCCCGGCCGCAACAGAGCCCCCUGCAACUGUCUAA